AGAACGCGCCUGGCUGUCGGUGAGAGGAGUCAUUGUCAGUCAUUUGGUGAAUGAUACUGACAAACAUGGUCGGAAUUUGAAAUACGUAGAAUUUGUGAUCGGUGGGGAGUUAACAAUGCUCUUCCAACAUCUAUUCUAGUUAAAUAUUGUCAUGCUGGAAAAAAGUUCAAAUGAUGAACUGCGAUGGACGAAGAGAGCGUAGGAAAUUGCAGAUGGUGUUUUCCUUUAAGAUGAUGUAAGACUUUAUUCCCCGUGAUGGUUUAUCCCUGCACCGCUGAAACAACAUCAGCAGAGACGUUUUUACUGUGCUGCCAGCGCUGCUCGCAAGACAUAGCAAGGAUCCCCCCUGCAGGCUCCGGCUAAACCCACUCGCAGCAUCGCCUUUAUAAAGCCGUUUUAAUCGCUGCGCUGGAAAUAAAAGCUGGUCGCGGAGAGGCGAAGCAAACCAACUCCAGCAGGGACAGAUGAAGUGUCCGACGUCCGUUCAGAGAGCCGAGUUCGUGUUUUAUCCCUCAAGUUAUCUCGAACGGGUCAUCAUGUAUUUUUCUUUAACAGGAGAAGUUGACAUGAACUACUGGUGACGCCGCCCGGCUACAUUCCACGGAUUUUUUUAAGUUGCUGUGAACUUUUGCAGGAAUAAUGUAAUAUCCAGUGCUGUUUUUUUUUUAAGGUUGGGGUGAGAUUUGUUUUCCAAGUGCCAACAGUGUUGACCGUGUUUAAUAAAUCCUGGGCGUGAUAAUGCACGAAUUACCAUGUCAUGCUAUUUAAGGUAAUAUUCCAGAGAAGAAAUUGGCCAAGCAUCCCUCCGUUUUCCGGCUACUACCGUCGACGGGCAGAAGAGGCAGGGCGACCGGUUCCAAGGCUUUAUACGCGUCUUCAUAUUUUGAAGUAACCUAGAAACCUUUAUAUUGACCAAAUGGGGCUUAUCAGUCUAUAUUUAACUCUUAAUAUAGCUGAUUGGCAAGAGAAAAUAUAACCAUUUUGUACAACAGUAUAGCUUUAAAAUAUAGUCUCUGGUUGAAUAUAAUUCUGACUUUCGGAUUAGAUGUUUAAAUUCUGGUAUGAUAUUCGUUGAUUUUUUUUUUGUAUGAAAAUCGCUCAGUGAUUAAAUACCCACAUUUACUUUUUGGACGCACAGCAAGCAUUCUUCGCGACUUUAGCCUUGAAGGCAUUUGCAUGCAUGACUGAAAUAAUGGCCCUGAGCGGUAACAGCAGAUCCCAGCCGCAAAACAAAGAUCAAGGCUCUGCUCCCACUUCUUUCCCCGACGUCGUGGAGCUAAACGUUGGAGGACAGGUCUACUACACCCGUCACGCCACCCUAAUUAGUGCGCCCAACUCGUUGCUUGGUAAGAUAUUCUCUCCCAAAAAAGACAAUUUAAAGGAUCUAGCCAGAGAUCCCAAAGGACGCUACUUUAUCGACAGGGAUGGCUUUCUGUUUCGGUAUGUAUUGGAUUAUCUAAGAGAUAAGCAGAUCGUCCUUCCCGACCACUUUCCAGAGAGAGGAAGACUAAAGCGGGAAGCAGAAUACUAUCAGCUUCCGGAGCUGGUUAAAAUCCUCACCCCCGAGUACUUUAAGCAAAGUCCGGAUGACUAUUUCCACAGCGACAUCGAUGACAUCUCCCAAGGCAGCGACCAAAAAAUGUGUCCGCCGUCUUUAGGUGUGAGCGACCGCAGGUACGGGUUCAUCACCGUGGGGUACCGGGGCUCCUGCACCCUGAACCGGGAGAGCCAGCGAGACGCGAAAUUCAGAAGAGUGCCCAGGAUUCUGAUCUCCGGCAGAAUCGCUUUAGCCAAAGAAGUCUUCGGGGAAACCUUGAAUGAAAGCCGAGAUCCGGACAGGACGCCGGACAGAUAUACAUCCAGGUUUUACCUUAAGUUCAGACACCUAGAGAGAGCAUUUGACAUGCUUUCCGAGUGCGGAUUCCAGAUGGUCGCCUGUAACUCCUCGGUUACCGCAUCGUUUGUCAAUCAAUACACAGAGGACAAGAUCUGGUCCAGUUAUACAGAAUAUGUCUUCUAUCGGGGACCUUCUAGGUGGUCUUCAUCUAACUAUGACUGCUGCUGUAAGGACCACAAGGAGGACGGUGAGGGGGAAAGCGGCACCUCCGACAACGAUCUCUCCAGUUCCAGCUCCGGGAGCCAAUCAGAGGCCAGCUCGCCCCAGGGCACAGUGGUGCGUGGGCCAGUGAGUCGUCAAUCACACAUACAGACCUUGGAUAGGCCCACCAAGAGGGGGCAAGCCCCACCCACCCAGCAGUCUGAACGCUGCCGGAAGAGUGAUCUGCUUCGCACCCUCACCUCCAGCUCCCGCGAGGCCAAUGGCAGCCGCAGGAGGCCGGCCAAGGAGCGUCUGACCGUCGAGCAGGAGCUGGAGAAAUGCAUCCAGGACUUCCACAAGAUCAAGAUCCCAGAGCGCUUCCCCGAGCGGAAGACCAUGUGGCAGUCGGAUCUGCUGCGCAAGUACCGCCUCUGAGGUGUAUGUUAAAUAGCACUCGUCCUUUGGGGAUUAUCGAAUGGUCAGUUCGGAAAACUACAUCUUAUUCAUCUUGAAAUGACACUCACAGGGUAUAGGAUUCAAGAUCAAAGUACAGUUCCUGAGGUCGGUAUCAUCGUAUAAUUUUGAGUAUGACUAAAAGCCACAGUAUAUGUAUGUGUGUUGACAGAAUAAUUUUGUUUGUACUGGUUUCUACUGCGAAAUUCAUAUUGCCUGUCCGCCUCCUUAUUUCAAUACUGCCACAUUUGUAGUCAUACAGUACAGAUAGCUGUUUAUCAAGUUAUACAAGUGCCAGAAGACUUCCUGUUUGUAAUUUACAAUCCAUAUUCAUUAAGACGCAUUUUGUGUCUGUAUGACAAAGUAUGCACUGAUGUGAGCUGCUUAUUAUGGUUACAAAACCUAUUUUAUAAUGUUUUAUAAUAUAAUAUGAAGCAUGUGUAACAAAGUUAUAAAACAAUAGGUGCCUAUUUAUGGAAUGAAAGGAGUGCCAAAGAUUUCAUAUGUGUAAUGUAAACUAAAUUAAUUAAAUUUACAGGCAUAUGGCGCAAUAUUUAUAUUAAAAGGUUUGUACCCAUUUUAAUAUGCGUGACUUUUAACGAGGACAAAACCUGUUUUCUCAGUAUAAAAGAUUUUAAGAACUUUUUUUAAACUCCCGUAGUGUAAUUUUCGCAGAACGUUUUUUUUUUGUUGCAAGUAAUGCCAAAUUAUUUCAGGCGAUAGCGAAAGCAAAAUGUUUUGGAAGUGCUUCAGCCUUGCACUUUCGGGGUGAUAUUAUACUAGUGCUUAUACUAGUGCUUCUCUACCCACAAUUUUAUUUAUGAAGUUCUCUCUUUUUUGUAUUUGGAUGGUUAUAUCUCUGACUUUUAGUGAGCUGAUGAUGAAGCCUUUUUGCAAGAACAAAAAAACCAACAAGAAUGUAUUUCUGAGAAAGUUAUGCAGUUCAGUUUGCCUAGUCGAAAAGUGUUGAUAGGGACUGCUAGA